AGACAUGGGCGCAAGGUUAAAGGCUGAAUCUGCUGAUAAAAUAAAAGAAGCAAAACGUUUAAAAGAAAUUGCCAUUAGGUUAGCAAAGCAAAGACAUAUUGAAGUAUAUGGCAAAAAUUACAA